ACUUUUCAUAAUAUUUUCGUGGGCUAUUGGUGGUUUAUUGUCAACAGAAGGCCGAGUGUUGCCUAAUUAGACUUUUACUCUGAAAUAAGUGAACCGGAAAAGGAUAUAUUUGUUUGACGCAGGCUAGCUUGACGCUAGUUGCCGUUGUCCGAGCUGUCAGCCACGUCACCGCCUCUUCAACAACUUUCCUCCCGGACCUCUGCGGACACUUUGGAGUUUAUGAGUGGACUCAGUGGACAUUUUAAUUGUUUUACUACAUGUGUGUCGAUAACGCGCCGACAAGCUACCGCACAGACUCGGAGUUCGCUGUGUAGCUGUUAGCUUCUUUUUAGCUUUUUAUCCUCUUGCCAUUUGUUUGCAGUCGCAGAGCUUUUUGUGGCUGUGACCAGUGUCCAGAGGACGUGUAAGGCCUGUCAGGAGUUUUACAGAGGUUUUGCUAACUAAGCGGAACACAAUGAAUAUCUUUCGUCUGGCCGGUGACGUGUCACAUUUGGUGGCUAUCCUUAUCCUGUUACUGAAGAUAUGGAGGUCCAGAUCCUGUGCUGGCAUCUCUGGGAAGUCUCAGGUGCUGUUUGCGCUUGUGUUCACCACCAGGUACCUUGACUUGUUCACUGUCUUCAUCUCUGCGUACAACUCGGUCAUGAAGGUGGUGUUCCUGUCUCUCUCCUAUGCCACUGUGUACCUGAUCUACAUGCGCUUCAGGAACACGUACGACUCUGAAAAUGACACCUUCCGUGUGGAGUUCCUGUUGGUGCCAGUUGUCGGGCUGUCCUUCCUGGAAAACUAUGCUUUCACCCCAAUGGAGAUCCUGUGGACCUUCUCCAUCUUCCUGGAGGCGGUGGCCAUAAUGCCGCAGCUCUUCAUGAUCACCAAGACCGGCGAGGCAGAGUCCAUCACCACACACUACCUGUUCUUCCUCGGCCUCUACCGAGCCCUCUACAUAGCCAACUGGGUGUGGCGUUACCACACUGAGGGCUUCUUCGACCAAAUCGCCGUGGUGUCCGGCGUCGUGCAGACCAUCUUCUACUGCGAUUUCUUCUACCUUUACUUCACAAGGGUGCUGAAAGGAAGAGGAAACAUGGGCCUGCCGAUGCCCAUUUAAAACCAACGUCUGUGUCGUUCAUCCACCCACCUGUGCCUGCUACAGCUCAGUGUCUGAACACAGACCUCGCCCUACAACUGUACAUGUAUUUAGCAAAGGGACUAAUGGUCUGACACCAUUCUGUAGACCAAACUGUGUGCACCUCUAGAGAUUGACUUUCUGUGUGAUUGGUACUUUGUGUGUGUGUAUAUGUACGCGUGCAUACAUACACUGUUGUUGUAAGAAGUUUGCAAUGUAUGUUUGAGUAUUUUUUUCUUCAUAAGAUGCAAAUGUGACACUGGAAAGGUGUCCCCUGAUGAUGUGCAUGUGGAACUUAAAUCCAGGCAAGUGAGUAACACUAUGGAAACUGUGUAUUUGUCUUUACUUUCCCUUUGAGACUUUGGAGACCGUUAGAAUGUUGAAUCCACAAAAUUGUAAAACAUUUAGAUUGUAUGGAGUUUUAGAUCCAGUCUUUCUUGAGUUCAAGGGAAACUUAUUUUCCUAUGUUUUUGUGUCUAAGUGACUAAUGGGAAUGUUUUUUAAAUUGAUCCAGUAUUGAGAGACAGCGAUGCAGUCAGCAGCUACAAAACAGGCUGCAAAUGACCACUUGAGGCAUUUGUGCACCCUAACUUUACGUCCACUUAAAGUGCUUAUUUUGGCCACUGACAGGCUCAGAUUGUUUUUAUAGGUGUCUGACAACAUCAUGGAAAGGAUCCCUACAGAGACAGACAGAUUUUUGAAGAGUAAGAUCCUUUUUGUUUAGCCAGAAACAGGCGUGCAAUUGGCAUCGCCACACCAACCAAACUCCAUUUAAAUACACAGCGAUUUUAGCUAGUAGAGAGCCAGCAUAACUUCACAUCUGACUGGGUGAAUUAAGGGUUUAUUUUAACCAGACCAGAGCUGGUGAUUGUUUGAACGGUGGAUUGAACAACCAAGAUGGCUUUUUAAGUCAGAUUUUG